AUGUGGCGGCCUCUAUCAGACGACCUGCCUACUGUCACAGUUACGAAAACCCUAUUCGCCUCGGCGGAAGUAACCAGCACUGCUCCUAACAACGAUUCUUCAGCGGCAUCAUCAGGUACAGACUCCCCUCCAAACAUUUCAAUCACUGCUUCGCCGUUUGUGGGAGUCCACGCUAACGACAACGGUAUAGGUGGCACCAACACUACCACCAUUACCGACUCCUCUGCAGCAAUCAAAUUGAACACCACCGCAGUAUCAAGUACAUCAAGCACACCAAGCAGCAAUACUCAACCGGCACAAGGGCAGGCAGGCAAGGUCGCAGGCUCUGUGCUUGGGUCCUUUGCAGCGUUUGGUAUGAUCGGUUUUCUGAUCUGGUACCUUAUGGCAAGGAAACAAGCAGGAAGCCGACUCAAGAUGAAGUUUCAUCUCAAAAGUAAGAAGUCCUCCGAGCCCAAGUCACCAAAGACACCGCAUCUAGAAGACCAGUCGAUACAAGAAACACGUUCCAUCAUGCUGCAGCAACAAGCCGACGCUAAUGCAUCGAACAAUAUCAAUGCCUUUCUAGCACCUGGUAUCCGUCAUACUACCAAGAAGGAAAAUCUUCCUAAUCAUCACAAAGCUCUACCAUUGACGCCAAGAAAGCACACACCAUCUGAGCUUCCAGGAAGUCCAGGUUUCUCCAAAAUCGGCCUGGCAGUUUCGAGUAACACACCUCCCAACACUCCACCACUACCACGAUCCAAUUCCCAAAAGAGCACGAAAACCAUUGGCAGUAUCGCCCCAUCAGUCGGUGACCAGCCUGUUCCUGCUUCUUUAAUGCCUGGCUACGGCUUUACUCCUGUAUUCGGUGCUAAGAAUCGUAGUUCGAGUUCAUCGCUAAUGCCAGCGCCACUACGACCGCCAACAAAGCCAGCGCCAAUUGUAACCACUCCACAGAUUGGUCGUACAGAUAGCAUAUCACCGCUUAGUCCUCGAGCUAUGAUGAACGCGGUGAGUAGCACGACAAGCAGAGCGUGGAAAAGAGCAAGUCAGGCUUUAAGUCCGUCUGGGUACCAGAGGAUGCCUUUUGAUGGACAGCCAGAAUCUGAGGACUUGUACUCGGGCUCGUCGGGCAGCAAAGCUAGGAAAGAUUCAACAGCCAGCAGGAGGAAUCCGGAGCUAGAAAUUGGUGCUCAGACAGACAAGGAAUGGAAUGGAAGCGGAAAUGGAAACUGGAUAUAG